CCCAACAGCCCCCAACUACAGCCUGCGCCGCCGCCGCCGCCUCAAAAUUCAAUAAAAUGAGCUCUUAUUUCGUCAACUCACUGUUCUCCAAAUACAAAACCGGGGAGUCCCUGCGCCCCAAUUAUUAUGACUGCGGCUUCGCCCAGGACCUGGGCGGCCGACCCACCGUGGUGUACGGUCCCAGCAGCGGCGGCAGCUUCCAGCACCCGUCGCAAAUUCAGGAGUUCUACCACGGGCCAUCAUCGCUGUCCACGGCUCCCUACCAGCAGAACCCGUGCGCCGUGGCGUGCCACGGGGACCCCGGCAACUUCUACGGCUACGACCCACUGCAGCGCCAGAGCCUGUUCGGUGCGCAGGAUCCAGACCUGGUGCAGUACGCAGACUGCAAGCUUGCGGCCGCCAGCGGCCUAGGAGAAGAGGCCGAGGGGUCUGAACAGAGCCCGUCACCCACACAGCUCUUCCCCUGGAUGCGCCCUCAAGCAGCCGCCGGACGCAGGCGAGGCCGCCAGACCUACAGCCGCUACCAGACUCUGGAGCUGGAGAAGGAGUUCCUAUUUAAUCCCUAUCUGACUCGCAAGCGGAGGAUCGAGGUAUCGCACGCGUUGGGACUGACAGAGAGACAGGUCAAAAUCUGGUUCCAGAACCGGAGAAUGAAGUGGAAAAAGGAAAACAACAAAGAUAAGUUUCCCAGCAGUAAAUGCGAGCAGGAGGAGCUGGAGAAAGAGAAGCUGGAGCGAGCGCCAGAGACCGCCGAGCAGGGCGAUGCGCAGAAGGGUGACAAGAAAUAGGCUCCAGUUGGGACUGCUUGGGCCGGGGCUUGCCCGCACGUCUGCCGGUCCCUCC